AAGUUAUAUAUGACAUGACAUUCUUACGCGUACUGCCAAAUGAUAACGGCCUGGCUUAAGCGGAGUAUUUUCCAAAUUUCUUCUGUGUAUCUACUGUCAAAACAAGUAAAUAAGGUCCGUAACUUUGAUCAUCUCGAAAAUCGAUUGGUUAAAUAAAUAAAUAUGUGUUUUUCAAACGAACCGCGGGAGCCGAUGCAUUUUGAGAACGCGCGUAGCCGUCGGAUGUUCAUCACCAAGGUUUUAAUGAUAGUGGCCAUUAACUUGUUCAUAACCAUGCUGAUAAUGACAGCUGUUAUCUUCAAUGAGGGGGCGAGGCAGUUCUUUAAGAAGUACUGGUACAUCGGGAUAAUCGGAACAUGUUUUAUACUUUUGAUUUCCAUUAUAAUGUGCCUCUGCCAUCCCGUGUUCCGAAUCUUCCCAUGCAAUUACAUCCUAUUGAUCAUCUAUGUGUUGGCCCAUGCCGCAAUGGUGUGCUGUACUGCGGUUCGAUAUCAUCCAAAACUGGUUUUUAUGGCCGUGGGAUGUUGUGCCGGCAUUAUGGUGUUCCUGUGUCUGUUCGCCAGAUUUGCUCCUUGCGAUUUCAGCGGAUGCGGGAUCUUUCCAUUCGUGAUUGCUCUAGUAGUUUUGUUCCUGGGAAUAGUGUCCAUUUUCUAUCCAAGCGUACGCAUAGUGUAUGUAGGCCUUGGAGUGCUCUUGUUCUGCCUGUAUAUGGUGAUUGAUAUUCAAAUGAUAAUUGGCGGUAAAACCCACGAAAACCAGUUCGAAGAGGAGGAUUACAUAAUAGCAGCCAUGGCACUAUACACCGACAUUAUAUUCCUCUUUUUAUAUUUACUGAACCUAAUUGGGUUGAUAGGUGAUGACUAAUAAUAAAUAUGUUCUUGAAAUAUG